AUGGAAAACGGCUCGGUUCUCGGUACGAAUGUUCACCCUUCUAUCCCUCUUUGCGGCCCGGGCGGCCUCCAUCGCGUUUUCGAUCGGCCGUCCGUUGGCCUUUCACGGCGAAGUAGCAGUGGCAGCAGCCGCCCUUCCCGUUUAAACGGCGCCAGCCCCUCCCCCUUCCCCGGCGAAAGGCCUCACGACGAAGUCGAGGAGGUGGGGGAUCUCACGCGAUCGGACGCCCUCGCCGCGGGGGAGCCCAUCACGAAGGUGCUGCUCGUCAGCGAUCCGAUUUUCGACAGCGGCGCGCGCGGCAGCGUCUACGCGCUCACCUGCGCGGCCUCCAGCCAGAACGGCUCGCCCACCUCGGCGCCCUCGUCGUUUUUGUCCUCCUCCUUCGCGUCGACGCGGAGUGGCGGGCUUCGCGUGGUCGGAAACGACCCCGACGAGAACGGCGGUGGCCCUCGACGCGUCGGAAACGCGCGGGAGGAAGGGGAUGGCGGGGGAAGCACCUCCGCGCCGCUCUCACGAUGUCGUCGGAAGCUCCUGAGCCUCCGCCAACCCGCGUUCGACCUCGGCGCGAUCGAAGGCGGUCGUUCGGCGCCGCUGGCGGGCGACGAUGAGGUCUGCAGCGCCGCCAAAUGCCACCCGGUGAGUAAAAUUACGGAUUUUUUGUACAUCGGCACAUGGAGGGAUGCGGCAGAUGCGGGGAUGUUGCGCGCGCGCAAUAUCAAAUACCUCCUCAACGUCGCGAAAGAGUUGGAGCCCGGGAACGGCAACGGCAACGGCAGCGGAAAAGGCGUCGUGCGCUCCGGCGCCGUGGACGGGGUGGAGUGCCACUCCAUCGCGAUGAUGGAUUGCCAACAUCAGGAUUUGAACAGCUGCCUGGACGACGCCUUCGCGUUUAUGAAAAAAGCGCGUACGGAAAAGGGCCGGGUGCUGGUGUAUUGCCGCCGCGGGAUCUCCCGCAGCGCGGCGAUCGUCAUCGCUUAUUUGAUGGCGAUGGAGGGGAUGAGCUAUCAAGACGCGUUUGAGCUCGUGCGGGAAUGCCGCAGCUGCGUAUCGCUCAACCUCGCCUUCCACGAGAAGCUCUUGGAGUUUCAGGAGGAAACCGAAUGGUAUCGAAGGCAGCGGGAAUGCUGCACGUGGACGCCACGAAGUAAAACACUCUCGCGUACGGACUCCGAAGGUCAGGAAGGAAUCUCGCUCUCGAGCACGACGAGCCUGGAUCUGAAAGCCUGUGAGGAGCACGACGAGAGCGAAGUGAACAAGCGCGACAAUGACCGUGAAUUUAGCUUCUUGAAACUCUGCGUAGAGCGGUAG